GUAGCUAGGCCGCGCUAGUGUCGUUAGGUGCUCACAAUGAACAAAUUCUAAAUCGACGCCGUCGGUCUUUGGACCUUUUGGUAGUGUUGCAUGUCGCCUACAAAACGAGAUGAUGACAUCGGUCACGUUGCCCUCCAAUUCCGGCCCAAUGCACGGUGCUUUCACGCCGACCGUACCAGAAGACCCGCCGAUGAGUGGACACGACUUCGAGGUCCCGAGACCUGCUAAACGUUGCCUGGCUACAACCCUAUCAGACAAUUGUAAGAAGCGAAGGAAACAAUCCACACCAGUAAGGAUCUCGGCAUCCGACUCGUCUCCAGAAGGUAAGCCUGUGCCGUCCCCAGAACCGGAGUCGCGCUGUCCUAUUUGCCAAGUGGUGUUUGCGACCCAAGAUCUCUUGCAAAGCCACAUGUCUUCGGAGCACUCAAACUUCGAAUGUAAAAGAGAACCAUGCGAUUCGCCGAAUCUCGACUCCCUCGACAACCAGGAUACGUCAGCAACACCAGAACAACUGAUCACCAAGCCGGACAUCCCCUGGAUCUCAGAGAUCCCCGGCAAGGAAUGGAUGAGUCCCAACCUUCUACCGUUUCCAACCACGAAUCAUAUGUUCAUGGGUCUACCACAGUUCACGCAGCCGGACGCGUUGCCUCCCCGGCAACCAAUUCGAAUAUUUAACCCGGACGCCUACUGUGAAUUGUGUAACAAGGAGUUUUGCAACAAGUACUUUUUGAAAACACACAAAGCCAACAAGCACGGCAUCUACACCGAUCCGCCGGCAGAGACGGCCGGUUUGGGCUCCUCCGUCAGCAUUCCUUCAUACGUGACCAACAUGAAAAUACCGAAUUCCGUGCCAAGCGUCGACAUUUCUUCUGUCAAGAUCGAGCCAAAACCCCAGCUGCUGCAAUCCUAUCCCGACCUCUUUCCAAAUCCGUUUACCAACAAGCUAUUCCCGAAGAUUGGAAAGUCCGUGUUCGAAAUGGAAAACCCGGAAAACGGAUCGACGAACGACGCCGUUUCAGCGAACGACCAAGAAGAAUCUCCGAGCCCCAGGGCUCCCCAAUCGGAACCACCUACCUCAAUGAAACAGGAAAUCUCGGACCAAGAGGGUAUGUUCUAUGCAUCCCCCAGUAAAACUUCGCCCGGACAGCAGUCCCGUGAGCUGGAUCUUUCGAACCGACUGCGCCGCAUCGGCGUGAUGAAUCCAAAAGCAUUUUGCGAGAUCUGCUGCAAGGAGUACUGUAACAAAUAUUUUUUGCGAACCCACAAAAUGAAACGCCACGGGAUUUACAUUCCCGACGACAGAGACAAAGAUAUGAAGAUAGACUCCAUGGGAGUGCAUUACGUGCAAACGAGUCCGUUGAACUUGAUCAUGGCAGAACAGCAAGCCACCAACAGCUCUAUAGACCGUAAAACGUCAUCCCCUUCAGACAUUAGUUGUGAGAUAUGCGGAAUCAAAUUCCAAAAUAUGAGCCUAUUCCAAUUGCAUAACGUGAGCGUCCAUUCGAAAUUGCCAACCACCAGCCAAGAAGCCACGAACGACGAUAAGAAACAGUCAGACCAUUUCGACAAAGCUGGAAACUCGGCAGACAGCAUCAGCGAAGACCUGCAAAAGCUGCAAACGAUGAUCCUCCAAUUAAACGAUUUAGAUGUGAGCAAAGCAAACAGCACAUGUACUACAUGCAAUAAAGAGUUUGAAAAUCGUUAUUAUUUGCAUGCUCACAUGAUGACCGAACAUGGAUUAUUACUGGAAGAUAAUGGAGAUACUGAGAAAUCGGGAGAAGCCGGAGAUGCCGCAAAUAUCAACAACAAUACUAUGUGUGAUUUGUGCGGAAAGGAUUUCCAGAACUACGAUGACAUGAAGAAGCACAUUAUAGAAUCGCAUGGCGCUCCUGUUCAACCGAGCGAGACUAAAGAGCAAGACUUUAACAAUGGCCCGACAACAUCUGAGAAGGGUCCAAUCCGUACACCUGUAACGAGCACCCCAGUGAUCGAACGUCGCGCGACAAUGAACCUGACACCAACAAGUAGCUAUUGUGAGAUUUGCAACAAAGAACUUUGCAAUAAAUACUUUAUGAAGACGCAUAUGCAACGCAUGCACGGAAUCGAGAUCGAGAACGGUGCUCAGAUCGGCGGAGUUAUUUGUGACAUAUGUAAUAAAGAGUUGUGCAGCAAAUACUUCCUUCGUGUUCACAAACAUAAUACCCAUGGCAUUGUAGAAUACGGAUCAGGCCUUAUGCAGCCUAGAAAAGGCGAAGAAGCGGCUCCUCCGAUGCCAGUCGAACCAGACAACGCCUUAAAGCCUACCGAUUUGGCGGAUCUUAGUCACAGAUAUUUUACGCAUUUUACAGAAGUCUGCACGAUUUGCAGCCGCAGGUUUAGAAGUACCAAGUGGCUGAAGGCCCACCUGCUGAGCGACCACGGUCAGGCCGGUGCCGAGAAAUGGGCCGAAAUGGAGCAGCAACUUCAACACACUAUGAACCAACCAAACAAAUCCUCUACGUCUACAAUGAAGAUGCCUCAGGGAGAGAGAAUAAGUCCAACAUUGAAGAUACCCACUAGCGUAGAAUCAAGUAAUCAACAGCAGAAGAUGGGUUUGCAGAACGUGCUAUCGAGUAUUUUGGGUGCAGACACCGAGUCCACAUCGAAGACCUACCAUUGUUCUUAUUGUCCAUUCACCACUCCGGUCCUGCCGUUCCUGUUCGUCCACGAAAGAUCCCAUUCACUCCAAAGUGUAGACGGAGAACUAAAGUGCCCAGUUUGUUCCCAAACUUUCCCACAACCAGAACUUCUUCAACAUCAUAUAUUUACGCAACACCCGUUCCUUCCACUGCCACCAUUCUUCAACGGUAACACGGAAUCGCAGGGAGAAAUUUCCAAGGAGCCUUCGGAGAGUGCAGAAGAAAACGAAGACGGUGGAUCGCUUUCAGACAUGAGCAAGCAACAACCUCAACAACAACAUCAGCAACAACAGCAUAUGAAGAUCAAAAGUAAAGUGGGUGGUGUGAAGCGUAAGCAGUUUAUUCGUCCUGACGGAAUGCCAGCAGAUAUGGAUCAGGUGCUGAAGGAAUCGGCUAAGAAGUUGCAGCUGCCAGCCACUUACGCUAUACCUCAGCCGAACGGAGAUGAUGCCAACUAUGUUAUGCAAGCAUUUCUGGUAGAGGAAAAUACCGCCACUGAACACACCAACAACAUCCGCAAGUUCGUUCCAUCGGUAGUGUUCUUGCCGGUGUCGCAGAAGAUGUCCUCUCCGGUGACGGCGACAUUCACUCUCACCCCGGCCUAAUCCGUUACGAUACAUAGUUUGCAUAAUAGAUGUUAAAAUAUUUUUUUAAGAACAUUACGGCGAUAGCUACACCUGUGAUUUUUAUUAUUAUUUUACUUAAAUUAAUAUAAAAUCUAUUAUAUAAGCGAAUUCCUAUAUUUGCAAAAAUGACCUCGUAUAUUAUGGGGAACAUAUGAGCACACAUAUUUUUUAUGCAAAUACCGGAAAGACUGAGUGAAAUUUUAUAUAGUCUGUUAAUUUUCACAUUAUAAAAAAAUUGAAGGGAAAAUGAUGAUUAUGAUGAUGAUUAGGAGGAUGCGAGGAGUAUGAAGUGGUGGAGGAUGAUAAUCAGGAGACGAAGAAUAAAAGAAAAACGCAAAAAAAAAUAUAAAAAUACAAAUAUCGAGAUAUACUAUGAUGUUUUGUACGAUAGAAAGCUUUAGGUGAUGUUUAUGAAGUUCCUAUUUUAUCUCUCGAUAUAUUAACUAUUCGUUCACAAAAAAAUAUAUGUAUUGAGUUGUUAGAUGUAGCUUGCUCAAAAGUCAGUUAACGUUCCGCAUGCCCAGUCCACGCAACUCAGGGUUAACUGAAACGAGUACAAUCAGAUCUCGGCGACGUCGCAACGCCACGUUUGGCCCUCGUCGGCGUCGCUUUCCUGUCUCGAGUUCCUGAAUAGAGUAUAGGAUUAUUAUAUCAACGGUACCUCAGUAAUGUCGGCAAACCGACGGCCCGGCUACAGAAGCACAACCAGGAUAUGGAUGCAUCGGCAAUUGGAUAUCAGGACGACGAAGGAUUAUAUUGGUUGGCUAUGCAAAAAAAAAAGGAUAAACGGAUGAAAGCAAGGAAAGAAGGAAUACGCAGCACAUUGAAGGGGUUGACAAUUUACGGGUAAUCUUCAAUCGGAGCGGAAGGGGGUUGUUUGUUGCCUUAGCCUGGCCGUAUAUUUGUCGCCGAAUCUGCCUUGGGAAUUAUCAUCUCUCGGCAACAUUUAUAUUUAUAACAUAUACAUAUAAACAUAUAUAAAAAAAAAUAUAUAUUAUAUUUGAAUAUACAUCUAACAGUCCUUCGGUCCGGCUCGACCGUUGGCUCAGGCCGUCUUCCACUCGCCGGAGUUCUGGAUUUCCGCCGGAAGCGGCUGUUGACAAACAAAAUCGGUAUGUAAACAAAAAAAAAAUGUUUUCUUGUUGUAUAGUACAAAGUGACUACCUUUGCUAAUUACUAGUUAUAAUACUAUAAGCUGUGUGCCUUCAGUAAUUGCAAAUGACCUGCUAUUUCAUAAUGUAACAGCCUGGGUGCUACGAAAUAUUAUAAAAUAUGAUAUAUCUAUGUUGUAUGGUACAAAAAAAAACGAAGAGAAUUUUAUUAGAAACUGUUAAAAGCCGCGCGUUGCGUUCGCAUGCAAAUUUCUGCGACCCCCAUGCAUAAUAUUUAUUUAUUUUUUUUUUCGUUCGGUUAUAUUCAUUCCUCUGUCUCUCCCACAAUAGAAUUCAUUACGCUGACGUAAGCUCUGCAUUUUUACGGCAUGCAAAUCGUUCCCGUCGAUUUCUUUACAAUUCUCCAUAUUUUGCCCCAUUGUGCGACCCCCUUUUUUUUCCCAAAUUUUGUAAACAGCUGGCCUGGCGCGUGCACCUCCCCCAUUCAAAAACUACCCCAAAACGUACAAUAUUUUUUUUUCACCCAAUCCACCUUUCUCUCUCUCUUAAAUAUAUGCAUCUGUUCAAUUCUUCAUACAAUUGCAUAUUUAAUAAGCCAACAAAUCUCAGGUUUAACGUAAAUCUUCCAUUACAUUUAAAAAGCUGAAUGUUGUAUAUAUAGCGCGUACGCUCCUGCAGGGUAUCGAAUUACGAGUAUGCAAAUUAGAUCCUUUAUAUAUAUUUUUGUGUGUCCUUGUUUCCAUCCCCCUACCCCUUGGUCAAUCCUCGUUUUUCGCAAAGUACCACCCCAGCUAAUAAAAAUGCAUAAAAAUUACGGAAUCGGGCGUAAAAUCAAUUGCAUCCAUUGUGGGGGACAGAAAUUUGAAUACGAACGACGCGCGAGGCCCGUCGAGCACAAUUGAGCUAUACUUGUGUAACAAUACGUGAAUAAUUUAUGUGCGAGCGAUAAUAUUCCAAUAGAAUAAAAGGAAAAAUAUGAUGAAAUAGAAGAAAAAAAGAUGAUGAUGAAAACGGGAAUAACUUGAUGAGAACGGAUGCAGGCGAACCAGGAUGAUAGUAUUACGCAAUGCGACCCCGUCGCGGUGCCGGACCGUCCCUCCGGGUCCACAAGAAUGUUAAUAUUAUUGUAUUUUGUUGCGCAUAUUUGGGCGGGACAGGGCUGGCUACAUUGUGAAGGCGAGGGUCCAGAUAUUUAAUUGAAAUUAAAAAAAAAAAACAAACAAAACUAGAUUGAUGAAAAGAUGAAAAUGUU